GUUCUUGAAAAAUCACAACUUUUGCAACCUUCCAGAACUUGUACAUUACGCACCAACAUUUGUACCUUCUGUGGAUAUCAUCUUUUCCGAUUUCUGCGAUUACUGAACAGAACAGAACAGAACAGACACCAAACAUCACCGGUAAGGAUUGAUCAGCCAUAGCUAAAUGUUGCAAGCCCAUCGGCACCUUUCACCCUUCUCCUCCACCAAUGGCAUCUUCCCCUCACUUUCUCCUCUCCCCUCGUCCCUUUCCCUCUGCUUCCCAUCCAGAAACCCUAAUCGCUGCUAUGCCCGGAAAACAUGGACUGCCCUAAUCGCCGACGAAUCCAUUACCGCUGAAGAGCCGCCGCCGGCGAAGGAUGGGCCAAUCGAACUCUUCCCCACAACUUCCCCGAUUUUCGCCACUUCCGACGAACCGACGCCAAUCCAAACCGCCACCAGCGUGCUCCUCACCGGCGCCAUCACCGUCUUCCUCUUCCGCUCCCUCCGCCGCCGCGCCAAGAUUGUCAAAGAAAAGGAUUUGUGCAUUUCCUGUUAUUGCCAAAUCUCCAAUGACCUGCACCAGAAAUUCCGAUCAUCCGGCGACAAGAAAUCGCUGGUGGACGAAGCAAUGGCGACCUUGAAAUCACUAUCUCCAUCUGCAGACAAUGCCAAGUCUCCACCUUCGCCGGUUCAGGCAUUUCUCGGCGCGUUAGGCGCCGCCGCGAUCGCGCUUAUCCUCUACAAAUUCACCAUCACCAUUGAAUCUUCUCUCAAUCGCCAGACAAUUUCAGAUAGCUACUCCAUUCUAUUUUCUCUGCACAUUCUGUUUUCUUCUUCUUCUUCUUCUUCAGGUCCGCCAAAUAACAAUUACCAUAAGGACAAUCAUCAACGGGCUAUGCUAUCUUGCAACCUUCGUUUUCGGGGCUAAUUCUCUUGGCUUGUUUCUCUACUCUGGUCAGCUCGCCUUCAAGUCUUUAAUUGAAAAUCCUAACGACAAUAGCCGAGCGCCGUCUAAUCCACCGGCCGAUGUGGCCGAUGAUCAAAGUUCAGAAGAUAUUCAAUAAUGGAGGACUUGAAUGUGAGUAAGAUUCGAUCCGUUUUGUUGUACAUGUUCGUCGAUUAUGGAUAUAAACUUAGCAUUAAAGUUCGUAAAUUUUAGCAUUCGAUGUCGACGAUCUUGAUGUCUUCGUGAAUUUCGAUUUGUUAUUUGACUACUUAAACAUUUUACCGAUCGCUAAAGGAAA